AACAAGAAAACACGAAUUGGGGUUCUAAUUAUAAUACGUAUUUUUAAGACAAUUAUGUAUUGUUAAACCACAACACGUAUCCUGUUCUAUAUUCUGUUUCAAACUGUCCACCCGGUCAAUAAACCAUCGAAGAAGAAAACGAAGAAGAAGAAGCAGCUGAGGCAGCAACAUGGCGGUGCCGGCUGGACGUAGCGUGGUGUUUGUUACUGGCAACGCGAAGAAACUUGAAGAAGUAAUUCAAAUUCUUGGCGACACGUUUCCAUACAAACUUAUCUCGAUGAAAAUUGAUUUACCUGAAUACCAAGGAGAGCCAGAUGAGAUUUCCAUACAGAAGUGCAAGGAGGCUGCAAAACAGAUUGAGGGUCCGGUUAUCGUGGAGGACACCUGUCUGUGUUUCAAAGCAUUGGGAGGCUUGCCAGGCCCUUACAUAAAGUGGUUCCUGGAUAAACUCAAGCCAGAAGGCUUGUACAAACUUCUCGCCGGCUUUGAGGAUAAAUCCGCAUGGGCCCUCUGCACGUUUGCGUUUACGUCCGGAAAAGAUGAGCCGGUGCAGCUGUUCAGAGGAAUAACACAGGGCCACAUCGUGGAACCAAGGGGACCUCGAGACUUUGGAUGGGACCCAUGUUUCCAGCCAGAAGGCUAUGACAAAACCUACGCGGAGUUGCCUAAAACAGUCAAGAACUCCAUUUCUCACCGAUACCGAGCGCUAGCGGCUUUGUCGGAGCACUUUUCGCCACACGCCAAGAAGACAGAUGAUUGACUGGCCCGUGUUGUUGCGGUUGAGUUGAUUCUACAACAGUGCUUCCAGUCAUUUGCUCCUAAUAAAUGUUUUCCUCUUCUUUUUUUUUUUUUAACAUGUCUUAUUUUGAGGGGGAGGGGGGGUUACAUCAUGCAGAAACUAUGCAAAUUUUUCAACAAGUGAAUAAGAGCUGUUUCAUUGUUCCUCAGUGGCUCAUCAAGAAGUAACCUGGCAAGGGUUACAGUGAAUCCGGUAACUAUUCAAAGUGCUUUGCUUUUCCCACAGUUGAUGUUGCAACAGUAUCCUCAAAAUUAUGCACACAACAUUGUACUAACAGGCAUUUUAA